CCACAAAGCCUAUAAAAGUGAGAGCGCACUUGUUUCGUGUCAGUUUGAAUCGUGAGACAAGCUGAGAAUGGAAAUUCAAAAUCAAAAGACGAGUGCCCCAGAAAUCUUUGAGAUUUGGGACAUUUUCGAGUCCUACAUAGCAUCAGUUAUCAUUUGCGUUUUGAUCUUGGAAGCUCUCGUUGCUGUUCUCUUCCUUAAAAUGAGAGAUGCUCACGAGCCAACCGUAAGGCACUCACGGCGGAGAAACGGAAAACUCUCCAGGCCUUUGGGCUCGUUGGAACGUGUGUUGCUGGAGAGAGAAAGAGUGAAUCAUUGGGGAACUGUGUCUUCGGUAUUACUCCUGGAUUCUGCGGAAAAACUUAAACAAGAUCACUUAAUAAAAGCCCUCGGCCUGCUUCCCAAACGAUUUCCUCUCCUGAGGAUGCGAAUCAACCAGAGCGGCAGUCAUGAGUGCUUUGAGGAAAUGGAAAACCCAGAAACAGUGGAUUUUAAAGUCCUUGACGAGAUCGCGGCUAAUGAAUGGGAGAAGGGCUUCGAGGAAGAAAUAAAUGGCUCUUCUUUUAACACUGACACAGGUCCUCUGUGGCGACUCAGGCUGCUUAGAGAGACACUUCACGAAGGAAAAUACCGGAACGCUCUAGUGUUCACAUUUCAUCACGCCAUCUGCGACGCCCAGUCCAUUUUUAAGCUUCAACAACAGCUGCUGAGUUUCCUUUCUUCAAUGCACGAUGGAGAAGACUUUAAAGUCGAGAGUCUGCCCCUCAGACCUCCUCUUGAAUCGUUGACAUCAAGUCUCGUUAAACCAAAUAUUUGGGAAAGACUGUUGUUUAAGAGUGUAUUUGCCCUCCAGCGAGUGAAGAACAUCUUUGUUAAGCCAAAGAACUUGUAUCUGUCGUUCUACCCUCCUGUCGCCGAUUCCGAUCCGUCGGUGAUGAAGAAAACUUGUCUACUUGGUCGCAGUCUGUCUGAGGAGGAUACCAAGCUGUUAAUAAAGAACUGUAAGUCCAACAAGUGCACUGUGCACGGCGCUAUAACCGCUUCCACACAUCUGGCAAUUACGCGACUUCUACAGAAAAAGAAACAAGACUUAAACGCUCCGGUCACUGUCGAAUCGUCUUACUCCGUUAGUUUACGGAAGGACUGCCAGCCACAGGUGAGCAGCGAUGAUUUUGGAGCUUUCAUCUCCGCAAGUGUGUUAUCCAUUCCAGUACCCAGUGUUGACCUCACAGAUAAGCAAGGAUUUUGGCAGUUUGCGCGCGCGUGUACUCGCGAGGUACACACGCAGGUGGAUUCUGGAAAACAUAGGAACGCUCUGAAGUUUUAUCAAUGCAUUGACAUUAGAUCGUACUGUAAAAUGUCCGAUUAUAAGCACAACGAAGGCCGUAGAAGCCACAUAUGUAAUAUAAAUAAUUACGGGGCUCAGAGCACUAAUCUGAGUGAAGAGAGUCUUUUUAAGAUUGCAGGGUCGUAUUUUGGUGUGCAAGGCGCGAAAACCAGUCACAUAUUUGGCAACAAUAUCAUGACAGUUGACGGCAAGCUUUACUGGGCUGUAGAGUAUUUUCCACAUGUCACCACUAAAACACAAGCAGAAGAUUUUACUGAUUUAACCUUGGAAAUUUUAAAGGGGGCUUCUGUUUGAUAGCAGUUUAAUAUUACAAAUAAAUUUUGCGCAAGCUAAAAUUGUGUAGUUAUUUAUAGUUAUUUAUUCAUCAAAAGUUUCUUCUACCGUUAAGGGCUGAAAUUGUAAAGAGGUAUUUACAUUUCAGCGUAAAGCAGUUAUUUAAUUUGUUGUUUCAUCGACGUCGUCUUUGCAAAACUUGCGGGGUGUUCACGUAUAAUAGCUUAAUAUCAACAAAAGAAAUAUAUUUUGUGUAAAUUUAACCUUAGUCAUAAGAAGAACACAUCAAGAUAUGGUAUGUACAUUUCAGUAGGUUCGAUUUUG